GAGACGAAUAGCGAAUGUUAAGAUCUGGAUGAUCAACUUUUGUUGCAGUCCAGUUCACCUUCGAUGGACAUGUUGUGCCGACUUCUCUGCUUGGUUAUGCUCUUGCAUCAUUCGUAUCAAGACUGCAGCAGCGAUAAACCCACCACUAUAACAUGUGACCCCCCUGCCAUGUUGAUGGAGUCAUACAAACUUAACCUCGUGUGCCGGGUUCAAAGUUCAAGUUCUUUGAUUAGCUGCUUUAUCAAUGUGACUAUCAACGGCGUCAGUGACCCUCAUGUAGUGAGCAGAUCAGAUGUGCUGGACAAGACGUGCACAAACCUGGUGUCUGUGGUCGGUGUCCCACCUGGACAGUUGGAGCUGUCUGUGACUGUCUAUCCCCAGGGCUGUGACAGCAGUCUGUAUGGUGUCAAAGGUCAACGCCAGCAGGUUACACUAAAAUCCCCUGAGGUCAAGCCAUUGACUUGUGUCAGCUCUGAAUUCCCCCAAUAUGCCGAGGCUGUGUGUACUUGUUACCUGAGUGAUGCAGGCUUCCCUCCAGGCUACGCCCAAUGGUAUACAGCAGACGGCAACAAAACAGGAACACUCAACGUUACAGAUGGUUCAGCCACAUUCCGGCAAAUUUUGGCGUCUGUAGCGGAUGUUUCCGUUGAAUGUCGGGCCUUUACAGUUCUUCAGACAACACAAGUUAAAGAUCCACGAUUAGUUUUCGUGGCCACAGUAGUAUUUGGACCAACAUAUCUAGAGCUGAAUGCACCGAACCCAUACAGCAUAUGCCCUGACAGUGCAGGACUAACCAUUGACUGCUCUGCCAAAUAUUAUAUGACCAACAGAGAACCAAUCUUUAUUGCCCAACUGGGAUCGGUCAGAACCAAUCGUACAUUGGCUCCGUACGUCAUCGACAAAUAUUAUUUCCACCCCACCUUUAAGAUUGACUCACCUGGAAAUUACAUCUUGUACUGUAGGGCUGAGAAUAAGGUGUUCCCACAGAUCUUUGCCGAAAGUUCGAUGACUGUAAUGGCUAUCGAGCCGCCAUCUACAGCUCCUCUACUGUACACGUCCAAACAUCCACCCAACUCUGGAAAGUUUAGUGUCCAGGUCAAUAUUGGCGAUUCACUGGACGUCACGUGUGUUGUUGAUGGGGGUCAGCCAGCCGUGACCAGUGUCACAAUGACCUGUUUCAGCAACACAACUACAGUGGCCGGUAACUCGCUGACCAUGAGGAUAGCCAUUGACGUCAUCACCAUUCGUUUCAGUUGCACGUGCCAAGCAGCUCACGUGACCAACUGCUACUACUUAAAAUCUCAAAUGGUUUUUACUGGACCUUUGACAACUACAGAAAAACCCCAAUCAGCUACUUCAGUCUCUACUGAACAGAAAGUGCCGUUUGUUACAACUGAACACCCCCGCACAACGACAACUCCAACAGCUGUUUUGUCAGACUUUACAAGUUCUACAACAACAAAAACACCUGAUGGUUCUGGACAAUCGCGACCCAUUGUAACAACAGUAACAACAGUGGUUGGCAACUCAAACGUUUCCAGUACUACAGUAACAAAAGUAAUUGAAGUUAAAGAAAACGUAAACAGCAACCUGGGGUUGAUCAUUGGUGUGGCUGUAGCUGCUGGGACAGUUGUCGUUCUUGUGAUUGUGAUCGUUGUUGUGUAUCUUCGGAGACGUGGAAAUAAACCUGCGCGUGGUGACCAAAGUACUGCUGGUGACAUGGCCGCUGUUGGAGAUCUCAAUCGUCCUUCCACACCGGAGCAGACUGCUGUUCCAGAUGAAGAACUAGAAAGUAGUGAUGGAAAUACAAAUAGAAAUCGUGCUCGAAGAGAUGAGCCUCGAAACGGUCAAAAUCAUAACGCGUCUUCUACUGCAGGUGCAACCCAAGAUGUAAACAACGCCGCUCCAAGACUACCCACAAGAAGCGGUACCAGCAUCAUCUCACAGAGACAACCCCCAACUACCCCAACUGCAGGUACCAACAACAUCGCACAGAGACAACCCCCAACUUCGCAGCCUGAAGGUACAAGCAACAUCGCACAGGGACAACCCCCAAACACUCCAACUGCAGGUAUCAACAACAUCGCACAUAGACAACCCCCAACUUCGCAGCCUGAAGGUACAAGCAACAUCGCACAGGGACAACCUUCAACUACCCCAACUGCAGGUACCAACAACAUCGCACAGGGACAACCCCCAACCACUCCACCUGCAGGUACCAACAACAUCGCACAGGGACAACCCCCAACUACCCCAACUGCAGGUACCAACAACAUCGCACAGGGACAACCCCCAACCACUCCACCUGCAGGUACCAACAACAUCGAACAGGGACAACCCCCAACUACCCCAACUGCAGGUACCAACAACAUCGCACAGGGACAACCCCCAACCACUCCAACUGCAGGUAUCAACAACAUCGAACAGGGACAACCCCCAACUGCUUUCCCUCAAAAUGAUCCUACAUGCAUGAGCAUGAGUGAAAUUACGACAGCCUUAAACUUACUAAACGAAUCAGACUCUAGUCACCCUCGUCACGCCUAA